ACUUACCUGUUCUGUUAAAAACUAAAAAGAGGAAAAGACAUUAUUGGUAGGAAACAGUUACCAGAUACAUAGUUCAAAUUUAGACUGAAAUCAUUUAUCUGUUGGGGGUCUGUGAAAAUCAUUUGACAGUUUCAGAUUUGAAAAACAAAAAGACAGGAAUAAAGAACCCUAAAUUCUAACACAAAGAACCAUUUCAGCAUAAAUGGGAUCUUGAGGAUGAUGAUAAAACUGUUAGUAUAUGUACAAAAACAUUUUUCAGAGGGUAGAAUGUCAAUACUGGUCCAUAUGUUUUAAAGAAUACAUAUAUUUACCCUAUAGAGGCUCACAGAAAGAGUUAGCAGAACAGCAUAUGUAUGUGUCACGAUUCUCCUUAAGGAGCGUGUCGGUAUGUAUUUUUUGUGUGGGUGCCUGGUUCUGUGAAAUGUAAAUGAGCAUGUUUGAAUGUGUAGGUAUGCUCAUGAGUGUCGGUAUGCGUCUGUGCGCUCUCUCUGGAAAUGUUUGAGUUUGUAGAUAUGUCCUGUCAGUUCUGUAUUUGUAUGUGUGUGUGUGUGAGGUGAGAGCAGCAGGCCUGAGGUAGACUGUGCUGUAUUGAUAAGAGAGGAAGCUUGCAGCGGUGUGUGACUUUGGUCCUCUCUUUCUGCAGGUAAAGGACCGGAGACUCUGUUCGCAGGGCAGAAGCUGAAUGACAAUGAGUGGCACUCUGUGAAGGUGGUGCGCCGUGGGAAGAGCCUGCAGCUCUCAGUUGACAAUGUGACCGUGGAGGGCCAGAUGAGCGGAGCACACACGCAGCUGGAGUUCCACCACAUAGAGACGGGCAUCAUGACCGAGCGGCGCUUUAUCUCAGUCAUGCCUUCCAACUUCAUCGGCCACCUGCAGGGCCUCUCUUUCAACGGCAUGCCGUACCUAGACCAGUGCAAGAAUGGUGACAUCUCCUACUGCGAGCUCAAUGCCCGCUUUGGCAUGCGCCGCAUCGUGGCAGAUCCCGUCAGCUUCCGGAAUCGAGCCAGCUAUGUGGCACUGUCCACCCUGCAGGCUUACGCCUCCAUGCACCUCUUCUUCCAGUUCAAGACCACCAGCCCUGAUGGUCUGAUGCUGUUUAACUCUGGAGACGGCAGUGACUUUAUCGUGAUUGAGCUUGUGAAGGGGUGAGUGAAAAAAAAAGAUUAUACCAAACAC